CCGCGGCCCGCCCGGGCCACCAGUGGCCGCGCGCGGAGGGAACGCCGGGCGUAGAGAGCAGCGUUGGCCAGGGCUUCCAGGACCACGUCAGAAUGUUCCGCCAGAUGCGUCCUUGAGAGGCUGAAAAGAGUUGUGCAGUAUGGAGGCUGGCUCUGUGGUCCGAGCCAUCUUUGACUUCUGCCCUAGCGUCUCAGAGGAACUGCCGCUCUUCGUGGGAGAUGUCAUUGAGGUGUUGGCCGUGGUGGAUGAGUUUUGGCUUCUGGGAAAGAAGGAAGAUGUUACAGGACAGUUUCCCAGCAGUUUUGUGGAGGUUGUGACGAUCCCCAGUCUGAAGGAGGGAGAGAGUCUGUUUGUUUGCACCUGCGAAUUCACAUCUCGGGAGCUGAACAGUCUUUCUCUCCAUCGAGGAGACCUGGUAGUUCUCGAUGGCGCUCCAACUGCAGGAUGGCUGCAGGGCCGAAGCUGUUGGGGUGCCCGGGGCUUCUUCCCAUCGUCCUGUGUUCGUGAGCUCUGCCUGUCCUCUCAGAGCCGACAGUGGCACUCACAGAGUGCAUCGCUUCAGAUUCCAGAAUACUCCAUGGGACAAGCGCGGGCCCUCAUGGGGCUGUCUGCCCAGCUAGACGAGGAAUUGGACUUUAGGGAAGGAGAUCUGAUUACCAUUAUCGGAGUUCCUGAGCCAGGCUGGUUUGAGGGAGAGCUGGAGGGGCGGAGAGGCAUUUUCCCAGAAGGCUUUGUAGAGCUUUUGGGGCCCCUGAGGACUGUGGAUGAGUCGGUAAAUUCUGGAGGUGGAGACAGCUGCCUUGCCAAUGGUGAUGUGGACAUCUCUACGGAAGAAACAGAAAGUGGGGCUGACGAGGAUGACCGCCCAUCGGGGACCUAUGGACUUGCCCUCUACAGAUUCCAAGCCCUGGAGCCCAAUGAGUUGGAUUUUGAGGUAGGGGAUAAAAUCCAGAUUCUGGGGACCUUGGAGGAUGGAUGGCUGGAAGGACGUUUGAAGGGCAGGACAGGUAUCUUCCCCCAUCGCUUUGUGAAGCUAUGUCCCGGCACCAGGACAGAGGAAACCGUGGUUCUGCCCCCGGAAGACAGUCUCCCUAAGAACUCUGAAAACCCUGUGGACGGGUUGGCGACCUCAGUGGUGGAGGAGGCACGACUCGAACCACAGGAGACUGGAGCAGACAGGCCUGACUGGGGUCUGUCUGAACAAACCCCGGCUCGCCUAGAUCAUGGGGUCCCUGCGGGUGUUGUAAAUGAGAACUCUGGCCAGGGUGACGAUGCCUCAGGAAGCUGCCCAGGUGUGGAUCUUGAUAGGCCUCUUAUUAAAGACCCUUCCACACCUGACCCCUCAGAGACAGUCAAUGGCAUUUAUUCCCAGCCUCGGGGACCUUUUCACCACCAAAUGCAGAAAAGCCAGUUUUCUUCUCCAGCAGGAGAGAGCCGCCAGAGCUCAGACCCAUUCUCUGAGUUUGUCCCUCCAAAAGCCAGGACUAGGGACUACUCCAGCCUGCCUCCCAAAAGAACGUAUGCCCAGGGUAGGUCCCUCCAGAAGCCAGCACCCCCACUCCACAGGGCCUCCUCCCUCAUGGCCUCUAGGAUAGCCAAACCUAGCUACUUAAGCCCUCCGGCUCCAGCCAGCUCUGCUCAGAAGCAUCAACCAUCUGCAGAAAAUGCCUUCAGCCUCUAUUCCGCACCAGAGAGACCAGAGAGGAGGCCUGGGCCACCAGACAAGGGGCCCGCCACAGAAGUAACCACAGCAUCACAGGGGGACAGCAUCGACCUGGAUUCCAAGUUGACCCAGCAGCUGAUCGAGUUUGAGAAGAGCCUGUCCGGGCCCAGCACAGAGUCAGAUAAAAUUGUACGCCGCUUUUCAAUCAUGGACUUUAACUCUGAGAAGGAUAUUGUCAGAGGUUCCUCAAAGUCGGCGCCAUCACAGGAUCCCCCAGAGAAGAGAAAGGCCCUGAGGCCGCCCCCACCCAGACCCUGUACCCCGACGCCCACUUCUUCCCACUUGCUGGUUGAUCAGAGCUCCAAACCAGCACCCACUUUGGCUGUACGGCCCUCCCGCCCAGCUCCCCUGCCUCCUUCUGCUCAGCAGAGGAUGAACUCAGCCUCCCCCAAGCCCACCUUCUGUGCCAGUUGGGAGGCCCCAGAGAAGGAGGGCCCUGAGUACGUGGAGCAGAGCCCAGCCCAGACUUCUCCGUGCCCCUCUGUGCUGGUGAGGAUUCAGGACGUGGAGCACGACUUGGACAUGUACACCAGGGCUCAGGAGGAGCUGACCUUGAUGUUGGAGGACAAGCAGGAUGAAUCUCUGAGGGCAGAGACUUUAGAGAAUCUCAAGUUCUAUGAGAGCACCAUUCAGAGUCUGAGCCUGGAGCUCCAGCAGCUAAGAGACAUGACACUCCUCUCUUCUCAGUCGUCAUCCCUGGUGGCCCCCUCAGGGUCUGUGUCCCCUGAAAAGCCGGAGCAGAGGAUGCUGGAGAAGAGAGCCAAGGUGGUGGCUGAACUCGUGCAGACAGAAAAAGACUACAUCCGGGAUCUGGAGAUGUGCAUUGAGCGGGUCAUGGUGCCCCUGCAGCAGGCACAGGUACCCAACAUUGAUUUCGAGGGACUUUUUGGAAAUAUGCAGACAGUGAUUAAAGUCUCAAAGCAAUUGUUGGCAGCCUUGGAAAUCAGCGACGCUGUAGGACCCGUGUUUCUUGAUCACCGGGAUGAACUUGAGGGGACAUACAGGGUCUACUGCCAGAACCAUGAUGAAGCCAUUUCACUGCUUGAAGUCUACGAGAAGGACGAGAAGAUCCAGAAGCAUCUUCAGGACUCCCUGGCAGAUCUUAAGAGCCUGUACAACGAAUGGGGCUGCACCAAUUAUAUCAACCUGGGCUCCUUCCUCAUCAAGCCUGUACAGAGAAUAAUGCGUUACCCACUGCUGCUAAUGGAGCUGCUGAAUUCCACCCCAGAGUCCCACCCGGAUAAGGUCCCUUUAACCAGUGCCGUGCUUGCCGUCAAGGAGAUCAACGUUAACAUUAAUGAGUACAAGCGUCGGAAGGAUCUAGUGCUUAAGUACCGCAAAGGUGAUGACGACAGCCUCAUGGAGAAGAUCUCCAGGCUGAACAUCCACUCCAUCAUCAAGAAGUCCAACCGGGUCAGCAGCCACCUGAAGCACCUCACAGGGUUCGCUCCUCAGCUAAAAGAUGAAGUAUUUGAAGAGACAGAAAAGAACUUCCGGAUGCAGGAGAGAUUGAUCAAAUCCUUUAUCCGAGACCUGUCCCUCUACCUCCAGCAUAUCCGGGAAUCUGCGUGUGUGAAGGUGGUGGCAGCCAUGAGCAUGUGGGAUCUGUGUAUGGAGAGGGGACACCAUGACCUGGAACAGUUCGAGAAGGUGCACCGCUGCAUCAGCGACCAGCUCUUCACACGCUUUAAAGAGAGGACUGAGCGCCUUGUCAUCAGCCCCUUAAACCAGCUGCUGAGCAUGUUCACAGGGCCCCACAAGCUGGUGCAGAAGCGCUUCGACAAGCUUCUGGACUUUUACAACUGCACUGAGCGUGCGGAGAAGCUCAAGGACAAGAAGACUCUGGAGGAGCUGCAGUCAGCCCGCAACAACUACGAAGCCCUGAACGCCCAGCUGCUGGACGAGCUGCCCAAAUUCCAGCAGUACGCCCAGGGCCUCUUUACCAACUGCAUCCACGGCUACGCUGAAGCCCACUGUGACUUCGUGCAACAGGCGCUGGAGCAGCUGCAGCCCCUGCUGUCGUCACUGAGAGCCACUGACCGAGAAGGCAACUUGAUUGCCAUCUUCCACGAGGAGCACAGCCGGGCCCUACAGCAGCUUCAGGUCUUCACCUUCUUCCCCGAGUCCCUCCCUGCUCCCAGGAAGCCCUUUGAGAGGAAAACCACAGACCGCCAGUCAUCCCGGAAGCCCCUUCUUGGCAUGCCGAGCUACAUGCUGCAGUCAGAAGAGCUGCGGGCCUCCCUGCUGGCAAGGUACCCCCCUGAAAAGCUCUUCCAGGUGGAACGGAACUUCAAUGCUGCUCAGGACUUGGAUGUCUCCCUUUUGGAAGGCGACCUGGUGGGUGUGAUAAAAAAGAAAGAUCCCAUGGGCAGUCAGAACCGCUGGCUCAUCGACAAUGGAGUCACCAAAGGUUUUGUGUACAGCUCCUUCCUGAAGCCCUACAAUCCUCGGCGUAGCCAUUCGGACGCCUCCGUGGGAAGCCACUCGUCCACAGAGUCAGAGCAGAGCAGCUCCUCGCCCAGGGUCCAGCGGCAGAACAGCAACAGUGCCUUGACCUUCAACUCCAACAUGACUGUGUCCUUCACCUCAGGGCUUUCCCCAAAGCAGUCCCAGGACACCCCUUCACUGAAGGAAUGUGACCAAGGAACUCUCGGUCUGUCCUUGAAUGCCGAGAGUGCAGAAACUGGGCCUCCCAGGUGCUUUUCGGACCCAGACUCUACCUGCCAGCUUAGGUCAGGGGACUCUGCAGAUGGUGCCAGAGACAUAAGCCAACCUGUUUCAACCCUGAGGGGCUGCCAACGAAGUUCCAGGCAUCCAGACGUGGUCGGUUACUCUGUACCAGGGCGAAAUGAACAAGGUAAUGAUUCGGUAAAAGGAAGUGCAAGAGCCUAUCCAACUCCAGAAGACAGGAACACAAGAGCCUACCAGACUCUAGAAGACAGGAACACAAGAGCCUAUCCGACUCCAGAAGACAGGAGCAGAGGGCUCGGAAGCAGUGAGACGGAAGGUAACCAGGUCUAUUUUGCUGUCUACACCUUCAAGGCACGAAACCCAAAUGAACUGAGUGUGUCGGCCAAUCAGAGACUCAAGAUCCUUGAGUUUAAAGAUGUCACAGGCAAUACAGAGUGGUGGUUGGCUGAAGUUAACGGGAAGAAGGGCUAUGUCCCUUCCAAUUAUAUCCGGAAAACUGAGUACACCUGAACCCAGGUUGCCCUCACCCUCCCUUGCUGCCACUUUCAGCCCGCUGAAAGGAUCCCACUCCUGAGCGCAGGCCCCACCACACUGCCUAUCCAUAACUGGAGUGCAAGCUAAGCUUUGUUCUCGAUUGGGUUGUGCACCGUGAUGCUCGCUAGAAUUUGAAGUGGACCCCAGUGCUUGUCAGUGAUUCCCUGACCACGAGCAGCAGCCAAGUGCUGGUGUUGGCUUUGGGAAAUGAGAAGUUUCCAAUCAGAAAAGCAGUAUUGGAUGCAGGAAGCGUGUGCAUCGGUUGUUGCAGCCUCUGUGGUUGACUGAGCAGUCAGCUGAGAGGAAGAGGAGCUUGCUGGGAGAACCCCGCCACCAUGCCUCUGUGCUUGGUAAAGGUUUCGUCACGAUCAUAUUAAACCUUGUGCAUCAAAGUGACUGAGACACCCCCAGUACCUGACACCCCAUCUCUCUCUGACGUGCUCCCGAUUCCUAGUUCAUGAAAUGCUAACACUCUUUUUCACUGCUCCUCUGUUAGGUGUUUACAGUCCUCCUUUCCUUUUGACGUUGUGUCUGGAGGGUUCUCUUGCCUUGUCAGACGUGGUCAUCUGCCUCCUCCUGAUACUCAUCGACCUUAUAUAGUCUGUGUGAUGUCACCUAACCUUUCUCCCUGUACGCAAUAACUGACAGACUUUCCUAGACUAGCCUGAGGUCAGCACUCCAGCUGGCCCCAGAAAGUAUUCAAUCUGCUGUAAUCUCCAACCGGUUGAGCCUGGUGGAAGCCUGGAUGCCUUUGUCUUCCACCCGAGCACUCUGCUGCCAUCUAGUGGCGUCCACACAUGCUCACAACAGUCAUGGCUUAUUUGAAGCAGGUAGAAUCAGUGGCCACAGAAGCAGCUUGUCUCAGACUUGGAAACAGGUUUUUCUUUCUCACCAACUGCCAUACUUCAGACACAAUAUUCAAAGCCAAACAGAUACAAAAGUGCCUAAUGAGACCUCACACCCAAGGCUAGAAGGUGAACGCUAAACCUCAUGUGAAGAAAUGGCCUGAGGCUUGUCUCAGCAGGCUCUCAGACUCCAGCUGAAACCCUCUUGGCCCAGCCUUCUAGCCGCACAUUUGGCCUUAAAAUCCUGGUGAAUCAGGAUAUGCCUGUGGACACCCCAGCCACAGCUUCUGCUCCACUGGUCGGGGCCUCUUAUGAAGUGUUUGUAUUUAGAGAUGUUUAUAUUUAAGUAGCUAUUUUAUAAAUAAAAGUAUUUCUAUUGGCCAUAAGUGUUUUCUUCAUCUUGAUUCUGAACUUUUUUUUUCAUCCUUGCCCAGCUGAG